ACAUUUAUUUUGAAUGGACCCGGACCGGAAAUGUUAUUGUUAUUGACCAGAGAGAAGUUAGCAGAGCUGGGGAAGCUAACAGCUCUCGAAGGCUAACGGAGCUAACAUGACGAAGUAACGAAUGGCUGACUGUGCUGACAUCAGUGUGAAGUGGACGGAGAGACGUCGUCCAGCUGAAGAAGACGUUUGUCCCUUGGAGUGUAAAUCAUUGAGGACGGAUGGAAACACCAUCAUCUUCAGACCGGACAGGAAGUCGUCAUCCACACCUCACACAGGAAGUCCCUCUGCGGAGAGACAGGAAGAGGAGAGAACACCUUUCUCAGGUGCGGGGAUAAUGAGUGAGAAGGUGGUCACCAUGGAGACCAGUGAGUCCAGUGAGGAUGAACUUGGACGACUCGACAUCGACCUGGACAGAAAGUCAAGACAACACAACCUGAGUUCCAGCAACGUGCGCGCCAUUCUGCAUGAGGUGAUUACCCACGAGCGUGUGGUGGCCAUGAUGAAAGCUGCCAUCAGAGACACUCAGGACUUGCCCAUGUUUGAGCCAAAGAUGACUCGUUCCAGAUUGAGGCAGGCCGUCCAGCAGGGACAGCCACUCAACUGGAGUGUUUCAGCAGUGAACACAACAGUGAAGCCUCCUCAGUUCGUUGAUAUUGAUCUUGAGGAAGAUGAAGACUCUUCUGAUGAAGAGUAUUGUCCUGAUGAGGAAGAGGAGGAGGAGGACACGGCUGAGGAGACCUUCCUCAGUGAUGCAGACAGCUUCGCUUCACCUCCCAGAAUGCAUCAGGGUUCUCAGCCUGAACUUUCGGCAAACCAGAGAACUAAUAAAGCCCAACAGGGCUCUCUAUCAUACCUAGAGGAAGAGGUGAUGACCUCAAGCUGCGCUCCUCAGCACCUCCAAACUGCUCCCGAGUCUUCCUUCCUGGAGAGACUCAAUGCUGUGGAAGAGGAACUGGAUGGCAGCUCUGCCUACACCUUUAACCAGUGUAUUGUAAGAAAAGGUGUUGAUGAUGAUGAUGAUGAUGAUGGAGGUGCUGAAGACUCAAGCUGUUUGGCGUACCGCACACGCUCAAAACUUCGUCUGGUUAACGUUCCUAUGGGCCAGCUGGAGGCAGAGCUUCUUGCCCCUGAUAUCACCGCUGACAUGUACGAGCAGGGCACUUCCCAACGAAAGGGGGACCGUCACUGGACUACGUGGCUGCAGGGUCUCAUGGCCCCUGACGUCGAAGAGGAAGCUGAUGAUGAUGAUGAUCCGGAGUACAACUUCCUGGAUGACCUGGAUGAACCAGACCUGGAGGACUACAGGACAGACCGGGCUGUUCAGAUCACAAAGAGGGAAGUGAACGAGUUGCUGGAUGAGCUCUUUGAUACACUCCAGGACGAGGAGCAGCAGGAGGAGGAACAGGAGGAAGAGGAGGAGGAGGAGGCUCAGACACAGAUUGGGCCUAAAUUCAAUGUCCCGCAGGCUUUAUGCUUUGAGGCACCGUUAGCCAGCAUGCUAACAGAGCGACGACGAACAGUUAGAAAACAGUAUGAAGCUCUGCAGCAGAGGAGAGCUCUGCAGGACACAACUAACCACUGUGACAACACAACCCUGAAGGAUACACCAGGCCCACAACCCAACAGUCUCACAUCCAUCUUUGUAGUGCCAGGACGGGUCUGCCCCACCCUCCACCUGGACUACAAUCAAAAACUGCAGCUGCAGCAGCAGAUACAGCAGCAUGUGCAGCUGCUGACUCAGGUUCACCUGCUCUGUCGCCGCGUGAACACCUUGAACCAUGAAGCCUGCAUCACCAAACACUAUCUGGAGGAGCUGCAGCACUUUGCACGCCAUCAGGAGGAGUUUUUUCUCUGCAGCAGUUUCAGAGUUUGUAAUCUGCAGGGGGCUCUGGAUCUUCUACAGGAGGUGAGGUUGACAGCAGAGCCUCCUCCUGCUCCCCCUGCUCUUCCUGCCUCCAGGCGCUGGCUCCCUAGGAUGACUCCUGCUACAAAUAGCCAUGCCUUCCCUGUGCUGCCCACCAACACUGCGUGGCUAUUCGCCACCCGACCCAUUUUCCUUUACCCAGAACUACUUCCUGUCUGCAGCCUGGAACACAGCCGACAUCACCGGAGCAUCUACACUCCAGGAGAGAACGGGCUGAUUGUUCUGGCUUUGAAGCACUUCGAGGGGACGCUCCAGACGGAUCAGCUGAUCAGCUCGUACCUGCUCUGUAAGAGUCGAUGGAGCUUCAGGAAACACGUCAGAGAGAUGAGCAGCCCGAGAGCCCCCGACAACAACGUCAUCAAGACAUUUCUGACACGGCGUGUUGUCCCCACGCUGCCACUCGCAUGCAGCAGAAUCCCGCCGGGAGACCAGCGCCCCCCAGUGGACCGGAACACCGCCAACAGGCCAAACUGGCUCAAGAACAGUCAGCUGAUCAUCCAAAAGACCCGACUCACCUCCACCUCUUACCCCCCCUCCCUCCCCCCUGGCUGCACUCUUAGGCUCCACCCUCACUGGCUCAAUAAGUCCCAUCCCCCGCAUCCCCGCCACAGACGCCUCUUUACCUUGGCCCAUAAUGCAUCUCUGCCACCACUCGCCAAAGCCCCAGCAGGCAGACAGACAGACAGACAGGCAGACAGACAGGUGGAUAGACAGGCAGACCUGUCACUUCCACCUCCAGGUGUCAGUAGUUCAGUCCUUACCCACCCCGUAUGUGCUGACAUCAUUCAGUCCUGCCUUCCUAUCGGCCAGAGAACGCUGCAGAGCGUUUCCAUGCAGCAGGAGAGUUCCCUGCCCGCCCUGAUCAACCCUACAACAAACAGAUUGCUUUGCACAGCAGCGGCUGUGAAGCCGGGUUACUUCCUCCUACAGAUGAUGUGGACACCACCAGCUCCCAUAGUUCCACCAGCCAUCAGCUUCCAGCAUGCUCGAGGGCAAUACAUCCAUCGACUGAGAGGAGAAGGGCAGGAUGAGCAGGUGUCCACAAGGCCACACCCCCCUACAAAGGAGAAGAGACAGGGGGAGGAGGAGGAGGGGGAGAGUUCUGCUUCCCCCUCAACACUCAGCACUCUGUCAUCCUGUGCAGGAGAGGAGGAAGAGGGGGAGAUGGUGGUGGAGGAGGAGGAGGAGGGCUGGACUGUUCAGGGUGUGGUCAGUUUGAAUGGAGGAGAAAACACUGCUGGAGAGGAUGAAGUGGAGAGAGAAGGAGGACGUGGAAAUGAGGAAUCAGGUGGGGCAGGAGAGGGGGAGGAGGGAGGGGAGGGAGAGGACGGUGGAGGAGAGGGGGAGGAGGAGGGACAGAGGGAGGACGGUGGAGGAGAGGGCGAGGAGGAGGGAGAGAAGGAUAAGGAUGAAGAUCAGGACCGACAGGGCGAGGAGGAGGAGGAGGAGGAGGACUUUGAUGACCUUACACAGGAUGAAGACGAGGAGGAAGUGAUGUCAUCAGCGUCAGAGGAGUCGGUGCUGUCCGUUCCAGAGUUACAGGAGACCAUGAAGCAGCUGACCUGGCUGGCUGCAGAGCGCCGGCUCUGUGCAGACGGAGACUCGGAGGAGGAUCACUCUCCGACCUCCCCUGGCUCUCAGGAAGAGGAAGAGGAGGAGGAAGAGGAGGGCACUAAAGGGGAGGAGUCAGGAGAGGGGAGGAGCAGUAAGGAGGGAAGAGAUGAGGAGAUGCCAUCAGAAGAGGGGACACCCAGAGGAGGAGGGAGGUGUCCUGGUCGAGGACGAGGUCGAAGCCGACCUCUUCGCGGUCUGAAGAGGAGCCGUCAGGAGCGUCAUAGUAAAGACACUGAUAAACUCUUAUUGUUGUACGAUGAGAAACUUGUGGACAACGACCCGCACAGAGAGAGCAAAGACGUGGCCUUCGCCCAGAGUUACCUGAACAGGGUGCGCGAAGCACUACAGGACACACCUGGGCAGGUAGAAGACUUCGUGUCUCUGCUGAAUGAGUUUGAGCAGGCAGGAGACGGACAGGAAGUGAUUCUGUUGUUCAGGAAGCUGCGCUGCAUCCUUGGAGACCGAACAGACCUCCUUCGAGACUUUGCCGCAUUCCUUCAUCCUGAGCAGGCGCUUCAGUGUGGACUGUUUGAGGAGCAGCAGGCGUUUGAACGCAGCCGUCGCUUCCUGCGACAGUUGGAGAUCAGUUUUGGAGAUAAUCCAUCACAUUAUCAGAAGAUCAUCAAGGCUCUGCAGACCGGUCCGGACCUGAGUCCAGCCAGCAUCCACGAGCUAAAAGCUCAAAUGGCGACGCUGCUGAAAGGCCACGCCCAUCUACAAGCUGAAUUCUGGGUGUUUUUUGAAGAACUUCGCCCACCUGUGGCCCGCCCUGGACAGUUUGAAGAAGCUCAUUGGCCAGAAGACGCAGCGGGUGGGUCAGAUGGCGGUGACGGCGUUGGCCAGGUGUCUGGAGGCGGGGCCACCAGUGGGUUUGAAGAAGUGACACUCCCAGAGCUUGAAGAGGAAGAGGAGGGGCAUAAAAUCCAGCCAAUGACAAGCCGGCGCCAAAGGAGAAAGAUGGAUGCUCACAGAAUCUACAAGGACUGUGAUUGGUCAGAUAAAGACUGGCCCUGCCUCUGUCGUGAUGCAAAGAUUCGCAGACUCAGGAGGAAAGGAUGCCCUCGCUGCCACGGCAACAAGACCUCAGGGGGCGUGUCCAGAGCCAUGAAGAGACUGGACCCUAUGUACUCCCAGUUAAACUCCGCUCACGAUGAACCAGGUGACAAAGACCUGGACCUGAAGGGGGACAAUGACAGUCCACAGCCAGAUCAGAGAGGUGCAUCAUGGGAAGGGUCGUUCCCUCUGACAGAUGAAAAGGAGGAGGAGGAGCUGGAUGAAGAAGAGAAUGAUGAAGAUGAGGAGGAGAAGAACAGUGAGAAGGAGCAGAGCUUGUUGAUAAAGAGGAGCCGAAGAGAGGAGGUGCUGCAGCUCCCCAUCACCUCCUCCAGCUCCUCGUCAAACCUCUCCAACUCUUCCAUGAUCUCCCACACCUCUGUCUCCACCUCAACCUCUGUUACCUACUCCGUCACCUCCUCUCCCCCUCUCUCGUCCUCUGUUUCCACCUCGUCCAUCUCCCCCAUCACCUCCUCCAUCCUCUCUUCAACCUCAGUUACUUCCUCUGUUGCCUCCUCUCCCUUUGUCUCCUCCUCUGUCUCCACCUGCUGUAUUCCCACCUCCACCUUCACUUCAAACUCAGUUACCUCCUCCUCUCCCUCUGUCUCUACCACAACUAUCACCUCCUCCUUUACCUCUCCCACUAUCUUCUCCUCUUCCAUCACUUCCUACUCCUCUUCCACCAGCUCUCCGUCCAUCUGCACCUCCUCCAACUCUGCUCCUCCACGGCCCAGUCCUCCUCCUGACCUCCCCGUCUGUGCCAAGAACAUUUCUCUGACAGCAAGCGGAGAGAAAGUGAUCCUGUGGACCAGAGAAGCAGAUAGAGUAAUUUUGACGACCUGUCAGCAGGAAGGAGCCAAUCAGAGCACAUUCCAGGCCAUCUCUACUCUGCUCGGCAACAAAACUCCCAGUGAGGUAUCUCGCCGGUUUCGAGAUUUGAUGCGUUUGUUUCGGACAGCGGCUCGUCAGACCAGCUCUGAGGAUGAGGCUCCGCCUACCGAGACCCAGGCAGCCAAUGAGGAAGAAGACUGAUAUUACGUGGUCAGAGGAGCUAUAGCAUGACGUUGAAUCAGAAGAGCUGUUGAUUCAUCUACAGCAACAAGUUUGAGUAAUAUUAUGUGAUUUUUAUUGUGAAAGAAUGCAGUAAAUGUUAGAUGUGUUUCUUGUAAAUGAAAAAAAUGUAAAUAUGAAAAUUAAGAUCAGUUGAUGUUUUUGUAAAAAAUUUAGUUUUUUCUUGUUUUUUUUUUUUUAACGAUAAAAUGUUUCUUCAUUCAAAUCUGUUUUACUCUUUUGCCAUUAUUCCAUGUCGUUGGCGUUCACACCUGAUCUGCCUGCUUGAGGGUGAGUCUCAAAACAAUGGCACUGUUGUCCCGAUCUGGGCGGUAUUGAAGGAUCACCGCUAACAAGUGGUUCAGUUACUUCAGUUACAAAUACGAUUUAUUUCCUACGACUCCUCCACAUUAUAAGCUCACUUGUUAUUCAUAAUUUCAUGAUUUAAAGGCUUUUAUUAUGAAGCAGCAUCACAGGAAACGUGUUGGUUUUUUUAACCAACAUUCUUUUUAUUGUUUUCACAACAUAACAAAGAAAUACAAUUACAUGUCUUGAACAAACAUGUCAACCCCCCCACCCUUUCAAGU